CUGUUGUUUGUAUUGUUCCCAGACUGUGAGCGUUGGCAAUGGAAGAUACUCUUACUGGUGUGACAGCUAGUGGCUGGAGUCGAUGGCCAGCGGGUGGGCGAUCAGCUCUGAUCGGGCUCUUCGUAUUCCUCCUGACCGUGUUUCUGAUGCUGAAGCUCCGCCGGCCCAGGAACCUGCCUCCCGGUCCCCGAGGUUGGCCCAUCCUGGGCUACCUGCCGCAGAUCUUGUGGAGGGUUGCCGUCCACAAGAAGGUCGCCCACGAGCUUCUGUCUGAGCUGUCAGGAAGGUACGGGGAUAUACUGAGUUUCUACAUGGCCGGGAAGUUAAUUGUGGUGAUCGGCAAGUGCACCACCAUGCGGGAAGCAUUCGGGCAACACCAACUAAGCAACAGGCCGGAGUUCCACGUCGCCAGCGACAGGUUCCCCGGAAGAGGCGUUUUCGCUGCCUCUGGCCAAUUGUGGGUGGAGCUGCGGAGGUUCUCCUUGACUGCCUUGAGAGGACUGGGCGUGGGGAAGGCCAACUUUGAAGAGAACAUAUCUACGGAGGCAAAACACCUCACCGAUUGGCUGAUGGAGGACAAGGGGGCUCCAAUUGACCCCGCACAUCCGCUGAAUAACGCACUGUCCAACGUCGUCUGCACCGUGGUCUUCGGCAAGAGAUUCGAGUACAGCGAUGCCACGUUCAGGAAGCUCCUGAAGCACACGGCAAACUUCAUGCACCACGGGGGAGCGGGUUUCUUCGUGGAGACCAUGCCCGCCGUACUCACCAAGCUCCAACCUUUUGCCUUCAUAAGGGUCUAUGUCCAGGCCGUCGACAACUUAUUUAACCACGUUGGGCUCUUGAUUAAAGAGCACCAGGAGGCGUACGAUCCGGCGCAGCCCAGGGACUUCAUCGACAAGUUUCUCAAAGCUUGUGAGGCGAAAGAGAAGCAAGGGUUAACGGCUGUGGGGCUCCGGCCUGUCAACCUACUCCGUUCAGUGGCGGACCUGUUCAUUGGCGGCACCGAGACCUCGGCUACCACCUUGCGAUGGGGUUUGCUUUACAUGAUGAGCUACCCCGAGAUACAGUCUCGCAUCCAGCAGGAGUUGGAUGCAGUGACCGGCCGCAAUCGACUGCCGACCCUGUCAGACAAGGCCGAUCUGCCCUACACCGAGGCGACUAUCUGCGAGAUUCAGCGAAUAACCACCGUCCUACCGCUGUCGGCGCCUCAUUACUGCGCAGAGAAGACCACAGUCCAUGGGUAUGACAUUCCCAAAGGUUCGUAUGUCAUGGCCAAUCUCUGGCAUAGCCAUUUCGACCCGUCUGUCUGGAACGACCCGAGGGAGUUCCGCCCUGAGCGAUUUCUCGACGCUGACGGCAAGCUCCGUCUUCGGGAAGAAUUCAUCCCGUUCGGAAAUGGCCGCCGGGUGUGUCUAGGGGAGAACCUCGCUAAAAUGGAGCUCUUCAUCUUCUUCAGCCACCUUCUGCAUCACUUUACCUUUAAGAAGCCCUCAAAUUCUCCUCCUUUGUCAUUCAGGGGCGUUCUGGGAGUGACCUGGGCACCUAUGCCCUAUACCUUGUGCGCUGUCCCACGGGAAUAAACCGGGAAAAUUAGUCUCCAUUGAAGUUACUGCUUCUUUCACUGCAAGCAGUUCUUCUUUGUCUCAGUCUCGUGCAGUCGCAAAAUAAGUUUUAGUUUUGUUGAACCGCUCCAGCAACAAACAAUAAUACAUGUAACAACAGCCAGCAUUUAAAACGCUCUUCUUAGUUACUAAAUCACAGCGCUUACAAAUAAUAAACAAUCGAAUUAUUACACGAACUUAAGCAAGUUUGACAGUUGCAUGACCUACUUCAAGUAAUUUCUUGAAGUCUGUUACGAUUAGAAGGUGAAUCUAUUACGAGAAAAUCAGUUUGGUCUUCGUUCACUUUUAGGUUGUCACAAUUCAUCAAAGAUUUGGUAUGAAAAAAAAAAGACCAGGCAUCUACUCAAAGUUUCAAGGGCGCAGAUUAAUAAUUAUUGAAUAUUUGGAAUCAAACAAAAUAUACAGUUGAAUGUCAUCAGCAUAAAAUGAUAUGACACACCAUGAUAACGGGCUGCAUGUAUCUCAAACAGAAAGUGCAUAUAUAGAAUAAAAAGUAACCCCAAAACAGA